AUGAUUAGAAUACUGCAAUAAUAAUAGUAGUUCAGAAAUAAAGUGAGGUAUUCCUUAACACAUUCUGAAGCCAAGUUGAGAAAAUCAUUAUUCUCAAACUCUCCAAUUGAAACUACAAUGUUCAUUGAGCUAUUAAAAGGAUAAAAGUACAGAGGAAUAGCUUAGAUGAGUUUCUAAUUGAAAGAAGCAAAGUCAUUAUUUCUUGACUGCUAGGGUUAGGAUAUAUCUUCAUUGAUUGUUAAUAAUUAAACACUCUAAAAUGUUAAGCAAGAUGGAAAUAAAGUAUGGAUAGAGUAAGGUUUGAAAAAGGAUUAAAAUAGAAUAGAAGUCUACUUUCAGAAUCAGUACUCAACAACAGGUCAUGGAUUGCACAGUUUUAUGGACAAUGAAGAUCAAUAUGUUUAUUCAUAAUGUGAACCUCAUCAUGCAUCCAAAAUGUUUCCGUGUUUUGAUUAGCCUGAUUUGAAGGGAACAUUUAAACUAUUUGCCUAUGCACCCAAAGAAUGGAAAGUCAUUAGUAAUGAAAGAUAUCUAGAAAAUCCCAGAAUCCCUCAGUUUGUUUAAGAAAAAGGGUAUUUUCCUUUUGAUUAACAAUAUAAAAUAUGGGAAUUCGAUUAGACAAAGCCUCUAUCAACUUAUUUAUAUGCAAUCCUAGCAGGACCUUAUGUAGAAAUCAAAGCACCUGAGGAGUUGUUACAUAAUUAAAUUCCACAAAGUUUAUAUUGCAGAAAAUCCCUAUUAAAGUUUGUUAUGAAUGAUGCAUAUUCUAUAUUCAAAGUGACUUCAGAUAGUAUGAAGUUUUUCGAUGAUCUAUUUUAAUACAAAUAUCCUUUUGGAAAAUAUGAUUAAAUCUUUUGUCCUGAGUAUUCGACUGGAGCCAUGGAGAAUGCAGGAGCAGUAACAAUUAAUGAUUUGUAUGUUUUCAAAGAACCUGUGCCCAAAUCUUAAGUGGCUUCCAGAGCUAAUACAAUAAUCCAUGAAUUAUCUCAUAUGUGGUUUGGUGAUUUAGUAACAAUGGAAUGGUGGGAUGAUCUUUGGUUGAAUGAGAGCUUUGCUGAAUUCAUUUCCCAUUUAUGUUAGGAUAAUGUUUGCUAAGGAGAAAAAGUAAAUUAUUGGGUAUAAUUUUUGGAAAGAAAACUAUGGGGUUACGUAACAGAUGAGAAGUCAACUACUCAUCCUAUUUAUUGUUAAAUAGACAAUACAGAUUAGGCUGAAAAUAUAUUUGAUGGCAUUACAUAUGCCAAGGGAGCUGCUUUGAUUAAAUAGAUUUACUUUACAAUGGGAAGAGAAGGAUUUUCAAAGGCAAUGGGAUUAUACUUUCAGAAACAUGCUUAUGGGAAUACAAAACUAAGUGAUUUCUUUGAAUCUAUGAGUAUUAAUAAAAAUGUGAAUUGGGAAGAAUUUAAGUAAGAAUGGAUUAUGACAUCAGGAUUUAACGUUCUUUCUUAUACCACUGAAACUAACUAGAUAGUCAUCAAAUAAAGUGGUUCACAUUUAAGAAAACAUGCCAUUACUAUUGGUUAAUUCGUUAAUAAUUCAUGGAUCACUCACAAGAUUCAAGUUGAUGCUAAAGAAAAACACAACUGGAGCUUACUCAUUCUCAAUUAUAAUGAUGAAAAUUACAUCAAAAAUUAAACCUAAUAAAUCUUACAAAAUUUAUCAACAAUUUAAAAUAGUUUGAAUCGAUUAUUGGUUCUUCAAUCUAUCUUUGAUUAGGUUAGAGAUGGACAAACUUGCUUUUUGGAUUUCUAAUAAGGUGUUUCUAACUUUCUCUUGCAUGAGACCGAUGAUACAGUCAUAAAAAUUAUAUUGAAUUGGUGUGCUGCAGGUGUUAAUAAUUAUACACCCUAUAGUUAUAGGGCAGCAGUAAGAGAAAACUUAGCAUCUACAGUAAAGUAAUUGAUUGAUUGCACUUAAGAAUAGAGCAAAUUGCUAACCUUGAGAUCUCAUUACAUCAGUUGGUCUAGAACAAUUGAGAGAUUGUCAUCUAUUAAUAUUGAGGAGAUUGGAGUGAAGGAUGGUUGGACUUAUAUUUAUAAUUAGUUUUUAUAUAAUAAAGUUCAAUGGAAUCUCUAUGAUAAAGUGGCUCUUAAGGAUGCAGACCAUAAGAAACACAAAAGGUUCUUAGAGUCUUUGAGUGUGGAUAGAGAUUAGCUUUGGUCAUAUUUCAUGAAUUUUGAUAAGAACGAGAGUGUUUAAUAAGUAUCUUAAGUAAUGAGAGCAUUUAAUCAUGAGAAAUUUAUAGAUUAAUUGGAAAAAUAUGAGGUAAGAUUUUUUGAAGUCAUCGUUUAAAUAUUUGAGACAAAGGAAUCUGAAUAUGCUAAGGCAUUCUUCAACAAUCUAUAUCCAGUAGGUGAAAAUCUAGAAGCUUAUCAAUAAUUAUCUAAGGAGGCACUUACUAAGACAAAAAAUGACUUUUUAACUAAGUUAUUAAAAGAGGCUAUUGAUAUCAAUGACAAAAGAUUGAAGGCAUACAAAACGUUUAAAUGA